ACCAGUUGGUUUGAACGUUUUGGAUACACGAAGACAGAGAGUGAGUGGCCACCGAAGGUUGUUAAUUUGGACUUGUACUGAGUUUUUUUGUUUGACAUUGGCUUUAAUAUUGUCUUUUUCUUUUUUCCUUUUUUUUCAGUUGGUGAAAAAAGAUGACUAGAGUUUCAGAACCACGGGUAUCUGAACCGAACGGUAGUAGUGUUAGUGAGUCUACUAAGACGUCUACUAUACAGAAAGAAGGAUUAGUUGAGGAUAAGGGAUCGAAUGAUAUAAAGAAGGGUAAAACGUCAUAUCAUGAUUCAUUUCUUGCAUCGGUUGAAAGAAAUCAAAUACGUAUUUCAAGAUCGCUUUUAAUAUGUCUUUAUUUGUUUCAUGUUUUAUAUCCUUCAGUUCUUCCGUAUACUUCGAAAUUCAUCCAUUUACAAUAUAGAUCAGGAACCAAUUCAAAUGGAGAAGCAUUAUAUGAUAUUGGUAAAGAUGAUAUUUAUUUCAUACUUAAUUGUGUGAUAACUUUAACUUUCUUGAGAUCUUUUCUUAUGCAAUGGUGUUUUGGACCAUUUGCAAGAUAUUAUUGUCAUAUUCAUUCUAAAAAGGCUAAAGUUAGAUUUGCUGAACAAUCAUGGUCAUUGGUUUAUUAUAUGUUUUCUUUUGCUUUUGGAGUUUAUUUAUAUAUCAGAUCUCCUUAUUGGUUGGAUAUAGAUCAUAUUUAUUUAAAUUGGCCUCAUUAUCAAAUCACGUCCUCUUUCAAGAAAUAUUAUCUUAUAUCAAUUGGUUUUUGGAUUCAACAAGUUUUCGUUUUAAAUAUUGAAGAAAAAAGAAAAGAUCAUUAUCAAAUGUUCAGUCAUCAUAUAAUUACUUGUGCUUUAAUCAUAGGUUCUUAUUAUUAUUAUUAUACUAGAAUUGGUCAUCUUAUUUUAAUGAUUAUGGAUUCAGUUGAUAUCUUCUUAUCGGGUGCUAAAAUGUUAAAAUAUGCUGGAUUUUCAAAAGCUUGUGAUUUUAUGUUUAUUUUAUUUUUAUUAUCCUGGAUUAUCUUAAGACACGGCUUAUACAAUUAUUUAUUUUAUCAUGCUUGGUCAAAAGCAACUACUUUAAUGUCAAAUGCAAAAUGUGUGCCCGGUGUUAUUCAAAAAAGAUGCUGGACUCCUAAUGUGAUUAAUUUCUUUCUUGGUUUAUUAGGUGGUUUACAAAUUAUUACUAUUGUUUGGAUGUACCUUAUCUUUAAAGUUGCUUAUAAAGUUGUCACCGGUACUGGGGCUGAAGAUGUUAGAAGUGAUGAUGAAGAUACUGAUGUUGAAGAUGAGAGUGUAACUGAAAAGGUUAAAUAAUUAACCUUGUUAUUCUCUCGUCGUGUAUUUUUAGUUUUUUGUAAUAUAAAGAAAGUUAGAAGUAAUACUUCAAUUCCUUUUUUCGAAUUCACCUUUCUUAAUCUCCAAAUUUGUUCACGAUAAUUAUUCGAACAUAUAUACUAAAAGCCAAAAAAG